CUUAGUGGCUAUGUUUAUGCAACUGGACACAAGUCAUAAGUUUGCAUUUAAUCAUUUGUAAACUGUAAUGAUUGUCAACAUCAGCAUGAAGUAGUUGCAAAAUAUGCAACAAAUAUUAAAAAAUAUAUAAAUAUUAUAACAACGCCAACUAUGCAUUUGAUUAUUUGUAUUACAAUAGUUUUACAACAAAUAUCAUAGUUAAGCUAUGGUUCCUGCACUGGUACAAUGAUGAAUUUGUGGAUAGGCCUACUAUGGUAUUAAUACAAAUAGUACAAUAUAUUACAGUAUAUAACAAAACCAUGGCUAAUUGUCAUACGUUACAAUAUUUAAACAAUACAUUUUAAAUUCAUUUUGUGGCCUGCAUAAUUCAGAUAGUCUUCUUGUCAUAUCAAAAACUGUAGUUAAAAAUUUGUCUGAAGCUCUGAUAACAUUAAUACAUGUUGUAAUGUUAUGACGAUCAAUACAAUUAGUGUAAAAAUAGUCCAGGGUUGUAUUUAGAAGUGUUUAUUUUGGCAUAACGAAACAUGAUCUCAUUGUGUUUCUUAAAAACAUUCUGAAGGAAGUGAAACUAUCCUAUUUCAUUAGCAACUUUACAAAGAAAACCAAGAGCGACAUGGGUCCACCCCCCAUCUGACAUACACCUGCUGCAGGUAGAGAGCUGAGCCAAACUCUGAUAGUGGAUCUACAUAACCAAUGUGUUACUAUACUAUUUAUACAAACUUCAUGAUAUGGAUGGACUUAAUAGCAACUGUAACGUAAAAAGUGUUUAUUCUGAUUAGAUCUUUUUUCAUUUCUACUAUUAUUUUCCAGCUUUAUUGUGCUUUUACAUGUCAACACCUUUUGGCAUAUAUAUUCUGAUAAUACAGUAACCAGUUACAAUGGACUAUAUUUUUUAUUUGGCGAUUUUUAAAGUUUUAAUGUUGUGUGAUAUUCUGUUCACACCUGGAUAUGGAGAAAACCUGGAUAUUCCUCUUAAACAUCCUGACACUUCGUCUGAUCUUUCUACUUGGAGCCCAAAUGAACAUGGUGCUCACCCUGACCCGAACAAAUCCAGACUACCUAUUUUUUCAGUGAACUACCCUCGCAUUCAAAUACCCUUUGAAAUUACUUUAUGGGUGCUGCUUGCUUCCUUUGCCAAGAUAGGUUUUCAUGUCUACCAUAAAAUCACAGUCUGGGUACCAGAGUCCUGUUUGCUGAUCUCCAUUGGUUUAAUAGUGGGGGGCAUCAUGCACUCAGUGCACGAGGAGCCACCGGCUGUGCUCACCUCCAAUGUGUUUUUUCUCUACAUGUUGCCAUCUAUUGUGUUUGAUUCAGGCUACUUUAUGCCCACUCGACCCUUCUUUGAGAAUUUUGGCACAGUGCUUUGGUUCGCUGUUGUUGGCACCUUAUGGAACUCUAUUGGCAUUGGCAUCUCUCUGUAUGCCAUAUGCCAGAUUGAAGUGUUUGGUGUGCAGGACAUUAACCUGCAGGAGAACCUCCUAUACGCCUCUAUCAUCUCAGCCGUGGAACCGGUGGCGGUGCUCACUGUGUUUGAGGACAUCAGCAUCCACGAGCAGCUCUAUAUUGUGGUGUUUGGAGAGUGCCUGUUUAAUGAUGCCGUUACUGUGGUAUUGUAUAAUCUCUUUAACCAUGUAGCAGAGCUGCGUGUAGUUGAAGCUGGAGAUGUUUUUCUGGGCAUAGCUAGUUUUUUUGUGGUGGGUUUAGGUGGUUUGCUUUUCGGUCUGCUGUUUGGUUUUGUUGCGUCCUUCACCACACGCUUUACUGGAAAGGUGAAAGAGAUUGAGCCGCUAAUCAUCUUCCUGUACAGCUACCUGUCCUACCUCAUAGCUGAACUCUUUGCCAUAUCUAGCAUCAUGGCUAUUGUAACCUGUGCUCUGACCAUGAAGUAUUACGUUGAGGAGAAUGUAUCACAGCGAUCCUGCACCACUAUUCGCCAUGUCAUUAAAAUGGUUGGAAGUGUGUCGGAAACUCUAAUCUUCUUCUUUUUGGGCGUUGUUACCAUAACAACAGAACAUGAGUGGAACUGGGCCUACAUCCUCUUUUCAAUAUUGUUUGCACUGCUUUGGAGAGGACUAGGAAUUCUGGUCCUGACACAGAUUAUUAACCCCUUCCGCACCAUUCCCUUCAACUAUAAAGAUCAGUUUGGUCUGGCUUAUGGUGGGUUGAGAGGAGCUGUGUCCUUUGCUUUGGCCUUCACUUUACCAGACAGCAUCGGCCCUAAGAAAUUAUUCAUCACAGGCACGAUUGUAAUCAUCAUCUUUACAGUGUUUAUUCAGGGAAUUACUAUAAGGCCCCUUCUUAAAUUAAUGAAUGUCCGUAAGACAAAUCGAAACUUAGAGACCAUUAAUGUUGAGAUUCACAAAAGGUUAAUGGAGCAUACUGUUGCAGGCAUAGAAGACUUAUGUGGACAAUGGAGUCACUACUAUUGGAAAGACAAGUUCAUGAAGUUUAAUAACCAGAUCAUCCGCAAGAUUUUAAUUCGUGAUAAUCGUCCUGAGUCGAGCAUUGUGGCUCUUUAUAAGAAACUGGAGCUUCAGAAUGCCAUGGAGAUACUGGACUCAAUGUCUGGUGACAUCAGUUCUCCUCCCUCUCCAAUUUCAUUACAUGCCUCUAAGUCCAAGAAGAUCUUGGCAUCUGAUGUGAAAAAUAUGCAUGAACUCCUAUCAAAGAACAUGUACAAGAGCAGACAGAGGACGAUGUCUCACACCAAUAAGCAUUCAUUACCCAAUGACGUGACAGCAAAAGAAAUCCUAAUAAGACGGCACACAAGCCUACGACGCAGCCUCAGGGCAGAAAGCUUUCACGGCCCUAAAACAUCCCAGAAAUUUUUCUCUCUACCCACUGGCCAAAGCCUGAACUCCAGACUCACUCCAGGAAGAUUUGCUUCUGCUGGGGAUGAUGAUGCUGAAUCAGAAAUGGAUUAUGCAUCAAUCAGGUCCACGUUUAGGCACCCACAGAGAUCAAUGAUACCUCUGAGACGACCGGGUAAUCUGAAAAAAGUUCAUUCCUCUGUGAACGUAGUGGAUGAAGAGAAUGAGAAGCAGAGGAUCUACAGGUCUUCACGAUCGGGGUCCAGCUUCACUGGUUCUGCACAUCAGAUCACACAUCAACCUCAUAGCUUUUCAGGAAACAUUUCCAACAAAGGUCAUGGAUCUGACUCUAAAGAGCAGAAAUCAUUUUCUCCGCCCAAUGCAUUGAAACAUGAGCCACAAAACAACAGUGAUGUUCAAUAUCCUUUGCUUAGGAGACCCCAGUGACUGCCAGAAAAACCACACCCACAAAAACACCAGCAGUGUACAUUUUACACUUUUAGUGAUUUUGCUCUGCUAUGAGAUGUGCGGGGUGAACCCUGUAAAUGGAGCUGGACUGCUGUUACUCAGUGAAUACAUGGAUAUGAGGGAAGCACUGUUAUCAUAUUAAACACACUCUUAUGAAUCAUUACAAAAUACAUACA